UUGAACAAUUAUAUAUACAUACAUACAUAAUUGAGAUACACAUGAUGUACAAAUUAUACACACAUAGUUGAGAUACAUCUUUGUUAUUAAACUCAUACUCAAUUCUUAUGGAAGAAAAACAGCCUCAGUUUGUAGCCAUAGUCUAUUAAAUAUUAAUAGAAAAAGAAAAGAUACUUUGUGUGAGCUGUAGUUUGAGAAAUCACAUCAACUUUUAUGUCUAAAAUUGUAGGUAACUUGCAAUUGAAUGAUAAACUAUUAGACUGUCGUAUCCAAGUUUUACAACAUUUAACAGUGACUGAUCUUUCAAUUUCUAAUACAGGAGCUGAACAAUCUUUUGAACAGCUUCUGCCAGAAUGCUCUUCACAGGAGGGUAGCCAGCAUGCUGAUCUACCAAGUAUUUUUAGCAUUGAAGCAAGAGAUUCUUCCCAAGGCAUGAAAAAUCAGAACUUUCCCUCUGAAGAACAUACUGAAAUAUUACAAAACAGGAAGAAAAGUGUUCAUUUCCAGCUUUCUGUAGGAAAUUUAAGUUCAGUCUGUAGUUCAUCUGAUGAAGCUAAUGUAUUUGAUCAGUUAAAUGUUCAGCAUACCACUCCAUGUGGUUCUAACUGUAGUGAGUGCUCAAUAAAACACCAACUAGAAAGCAGAACGCAAAGGAUGGGCUUUGAAGAACUACCAAAAAGAGGGGUUGUUACGUUACAAAGUCAAGGACUCACUGAAGAUAAUAAAAAUGAAAGCUGUAGGGUUUUAGACAUACAUCCACAGGCAGAGGAAACGGAUUCUCGAUUCUGUGUAAGAACAGCGGAGAUGGGAACUUCAGUUCAGGCACCAUAUUCCUUAACUACUCAAAAAUAUUCUGAGAAUUCAACUGAAAGAGACAUUCCAAAAAUCACCAAUAAACUAUCUGAAAAAGAACAUUUGGAGCUUUUUGCAAGUUCUGGAUCAUUUUCAUUGCAGACCUCUAUACCAGUCUGGGAAACAGAAUCUGGCCAUGGUAUAAUGGAAGAGCCAGAACUUACUUUAGUAAGCACCAGUGAUAUCAGUAUUGCUGAAACAGAUUUUGCAAAUUUAACCUUAGAAGAAAAGGGAGAGGAUGAAGCAAAAAGCUGUUCACAGGUGAGUGAGUUUCUGCCUCUUGUAUCAGAAACAGAAGGCUCAGAUUAUCCAGCUGUAUCAGAACUUUCCAUAGAAAAACCAAAGACAGCAUCUACAGAAAGUCCUCCAAGGUUUACACCUAUAUCCGGGAGCUUACAAGAAGCGUUUAUAAACAGAAAAAAAACAUUUAUGGAGAGAUCCCACCAGAGGCAAAAAGAAAUAACAAUCAAAGAGAAACCAUCUAUAGGUUCAUCAGUGAGUCAUCUAAGGGGUGUGAAUAAAGUCAGAGCACUUCCUGAAGACAGAAAGACUACACAGGCUCUCAGGCACCAAAGGAGUCUAAGGUAUUGUUGGUUUUUGCAGCGAGUCAUGUUUUCUGCAAUGUUUGUCUCUAACUCUAUAGAAAUUCUUUAUAGGUUAUAUAAUCAACUAGCUGAAGUGAAACAACAAAAGGAAGAAAAAGCAAAACAAGCAGCUUAUGCCCAAAACAGAGCAAGGGCAAAGGAAUUCCAUAAGAAAACAUUAGAGAAACUUCGAGCCAAAAAUACAUGCUGACUUUUAGAAACAGUGUAAAGAGUUUUUUUUUAAUUGUGUAUAUUUAAAGUCAAUAAAUUUUUAUUCAA